AUGCCGCGGCGCCUGCAGCAGCGGGGCGCGGGGGGGAAGGGGCCGCCAGCCCCGGCCUCGCGGCGCUCGCCCCCCGCCCCCGCCCCCGCCCCCAGGACCCCACCGGCGGCCGCAGCCAAGCCACUGCUGCGCUGGGACGAGGUGCCGGACGACUUCGUAGAGUGCUUCAUCCUGUCCGGCUACCGGCGGCUGCCGUGCACGGCGCAGGAGUGCCUGGCCUCGGUGCUGAAGCCCACCAAUGAGACGCUCAACUUCUGGACGCACUUCAUCCCGCUGCUGCUGUUCCUCAGCAAGUUCUGCCGCCUGUUCUUCCUGGGCGGCAGCGACGUGCCCUUCCACCACCCCUGGCUGCUGCCGCUGUGGUGCUAUGCGUCGGGAGUGCUGCUGACCUUCGCCAUGAGCUGCACAGCGCACGUGUUUAGCUGCCUGUCGCUGCGCCUGCGCGCCGCCUUCUUCUACUUGGACUACGCUUCCAUCAGCUACUAUGGCUUCGGCAGCACGGUGGCCUACUAUUACUACCUGCUGCCCAGCCUGAGCCUUCUGGACGCCAGGGUCAUGACGCCGUACGUACAGCAGCGCCUGGGCUGGCACGUGGACUGCACCCGCCUCAUCGCGGUGUACCGAGCGCUCGUGCUGCCCGUGGCCUUCGUGCUGGCUGUGGCCUGCACCGUGGCUUGCUGCAAGAGCCGCACUGACUGGUGCUCCUACCCGUUCGCCCUGCGCACCUUUGUCUUCGUCAUGCCACUGAGCAUGGCCUGUCCCAUUAUGUUAGAGAGCUGGCUCUUCGACCUGCGAGGCGAGAACCCCACACUCUUCGUGCACUUUUACCGCCGUUACUUCUGGCUGGUGGUGGCUGCCUUCUUCAACGUGAGCAAGAUCCCUGAGCGCAUCCAGCCGGGUCUCUUUGACAUCAUUGGCCACAGUCACCAGCUCUUCCACAUCUUCACCUUCCUCAGUAUCUAUGAUCAGGUGUACUACGUGGAAGAGGGCCUGCGCCAGUUCCUCCGGGCGCCCCCUGCUGCUCCCACCUUCUCGGGCACAGUUGGCUACAUGCUGCUGCUGGUGGCUUGCUUGGGGCUAGUCAUCAGGAAGUUCCUAAACAACUCUGAGUUCUGCAGUAAAAAGUGAGCCUCCACCGGGAAGGAGGCUAUGGUUUGCCCACCUGUUUGCGUGGAGUUUCUGUUGUUAUUGUUGGCUUGUUUUCAAGUUCUGUUGUUUCCUUCUUUGCUAGAGGAGGGUGCUGCAGACUGCAAGUGAAAGAAAGGUCUGCCGCUAGUUGGGGAAUCCCAAGUCCACUUUGGCCUCUGGAAGAGGGAGAUGAGGAUGAAGCAGAAGAAAAUUAGGUAUUGUCCUAUGAUACCCAGGGUUUUUUGCAAAGACGGUGAAGAUUGUGAUUACAGAUAGAAUGCCAGACAGUUAGAUUGUUCUAGCAGUCUUCUGUGUCCCGUAGUGAAGGCAGGUAUGCAGUGAAGAGGGUAAACACAACUCCCUGCCUGCUUCCACUGCAGUCUAGAGAUGCUUGGAUUUGUCAUAAGAAGGGAGCUUUCUUUGUUGGGAGAUGGGCACAAAAACACAAACCCAGGGCUUAACCCACUAGACAAUGCAUGGAAUGUGAACACAAGUUAAUUAUUUCAAAAUGUGUAUCAGAUGUUAUUUAAGUGAUAAUAUAUAAUGAUUUUUUUCAUAAUUUAUCAAAGCCUGUGAGAUGCACUGAGUUUUCUUUGUCACAUAAUUUUGAUUUUUGCAGCCUUCUGCAUUGUAUACGUGAACUGGACAUUAGGGCGAGCUGCUUGAGAGUUCUCGACUAAG